GUGAGGCACGCAUUGCCACUGCGCUCCCGCGGGCAUGAAGAGCAUCGAAAUGGAUAAGACAGGUGAACGGGGAGACUUUGAAUGGGUCUACAGUGAUCAGCCUCAUACUUCACGAAGAAAAGAAAUAUUAGCAAAAUACCCAGAGAUCAAGUCCCUGAUGGGGCCUGACCCCCAGUUGAAGUGGGUGGUGACAGGGAUGGUCCUCACCCAGCUUCUGGCCUGCUACAUGGUCCACGACCUCCCCUGGAAGUGGGUGUUGUUCUGGUCAUACGGCUUCGGCGGCUGCAUCAACCACUCGCUGACCCUCGCCAUUCACGAUAUCUCCCACAACGUUGCGUUCGGCAACAAGCUGGCGCGCCUCAACCGCUGGUUCGCCAUAUGGGCCAACCUCCCCAUCGGACUGCCCUACUCGGCCUCGUUCAAGAAGUACCACAUCGACCACCACCGCUACCUGGGUGGCGACGGCCUAGAUGUGGACAUCCCCACAGACGCGGAGGGCUGGUUCUUCUGCACACCCCUGCGGAAGGUCCUGUGGCUCUUCCUCCAGCCGUUGUUCUACGCACUGCGCCCUCUAGUGGUGAACCCCAAGCCAGUCUCUAGACUAGAGAUGAUGAAUGCCGCUGUUCAAUUUGCAGUGAACUUUGUGAUAUUCUACCUAUGGGGGCUGAAGCCAAUUGUUUACCUCAUAGCCGGGUCCAUUUUAUGCAUGGGCCUACAUCCCAUCUCUGGACACUUUAUAGCGGAGCACUACAUGUUCCUGAAGGGCCACGAGACAUACUCCUACUACGGCCCACUGAACUGGAUCACCUUCAACGUGGGUUACCACAUGGAGCACCAUGACUUCCCCAGUAUACCUGGCAGUAAGCUGCCUCAGGUGAAGAAGAUGGCAGCUGAGUACUACGACUCUCUACCACAGCACACWUCCUGGACCCGGGUGUUGUGGGACUUUGUCUUUGAUGACAGCAUCGGUCCCUACACCAGGAUCAAGCGGGAAUAUAAGCUGGUCAAGCAGGAGUAGGUGCCACAUCAAAACACUUUCCCCAAUAUUCAGUGCUACUGAUUGUCAUAGUGAAACAUUGGUUUCAGACAGUGGCCCCCCAGGCUCCUUUUCACCUCGUUUUAUCAUGUGAUUUACUUGACAAUAGCACACGUGGGCAGGCAAAAGACAAUGUCAAUCAUUAGGUUUACCAUACUGUGAGUGUGCAGAACAGUGCYGAGAAUGAAACAUUAAAACUUACCUUGCAGGCUGUAUUUCAGUGAAGCUCUGUUUGAUGCUCACCACACAAAAGUUGUUUUUAAUCAAGAAAAUAAAUAGAUAAUAUUGCUAACAAUGUUUCUAACAGAAAUGUAAUUUAAUAAAAAGUUAUGUUAUUACA